AUGCCACGCCACACGACCACCUACUUGUCUGAUGACGAGGAGCCUCUCGAGGACAAGACAGGAGCUCUUUCGCUCCAUUCAAAACGUACCGAACGCCAACAGAAGAAGCAGACUAAACGUGAUCGGAAACGUGAAGCCAUCGUCAAUCUAACCAAACUUCCUACUGAGCUUAUUCUCGAAUGUUUGAAGCUUCUCACCCCCGGAGACGUACUCAUAUUUGGAGCUGUGAAUCGCCGCUUUCGUUCACUGGUUAGCAGGAACUUCAAGGUCAUCGGUGAUGCUAUCAUUAGAGAGCGUUAUGCUAUCUUGUCGCAGUGCUUUCCUUUGCCAAAGCUACUUACUCAAAUCGAUCCGACUGCACGGGAUGCUCUGGUCAAUCCACAAAGGCAACAGAUGCUAGCUAUACACCACAAACCAUAUCGGCAUGUGCGACCGCUAGACCCCACCGUGGUGUGUAGCUGCAUCACUUGCUUUAUGCUAUGGAAUAAUCUGUGUCUAGCCCUUGAUUUUGCGCAUUGGCAGGACAACUUGGACUUAGGGAAGCCUCUUCCCAUCAUUCCACGGGGACAGUCGCCGGAGUGGAACGAGAAGCUUGUUCAGAGCUACGUUAGGAUCGUGCGCAAAGCCCUCUACAACUCCUUGUGGCAUGCGCGUAUACUUGAACUGCAUCUGGACAGCACGAUACGAGCUAUCAGACGUCACGCGGAGAAUAAAGGCAACCAACGCAAACAUGUUGAAAUGACCGACGAGGAAGCCGGAUCGGGCACUGACGUUUUCCUGGCGAAACCCGGACCCUUGAGUCUCGAGUUUCCCUACACUCGAGAUGAUUACGAUAUGCUUGAGGCGUAUCUGCCAAAUAGGUGGUGGACUAGAAAUUCGGGACAUAAUCGAUGGAUCUACACGAUAGCCGGUAAACACGAACAAGACCUCGAACAUGUCAUGCGCAAUGCUACACGAUAAUGUAUGCAGACCAAGAUAACUUGCCACAUGCUAAACUCCAUCUUAGCGCUUAAGUCCGCUCUGGAUUGCCUCUUCCGUCAUGGUCAGCUCCGGCCAAGAUGAGCUUACCUCCCUCUCCAACGCUCCCAUCCUCGGAUACAUUAUCCUAUCGAUGCAGGAUGCCGAUCAGACUAUUGGUCAUCGUCCUACAUUCUGUUGCUGUAUAUAUAGCUACCAAAGUUCUCUUUCUCCAUGCCCAGAAACCCAUGUAGGGGACAAGCUCUUUCGGUUAUCUGUCAAGAUACCCAUACUAGUGCGACUUCCCCUCACGGCCCGGUUUGUCGGCAAAGGCUUUGAGGAUCUGCAGCGAAACAUGACUGUUAACUGC